GCGGCCGGGUACGAAUGGCCAACGAAACUGUGAGAAAUUAUAUCUUGUCGCUGACGGAAAAUGUGACGCAGCCAGUGAUGCUGCAAUGUGUGAGGUAGUCACAAUGCCGCGCUGUAUUGUCCAGAUGUGCAGUAACUAUAGUAACAUUGCGUCGAUACGGGGGGUCAGGAUGCACUCGUUCCCCUCUAAGCUGGAGAGAAUCAAGCUGUGGCUUCAGGCCAUCCCGCAGUUGUUUCAGGACAUCGAUACCUUUGCUCUGCAGAUAUUAAAUGCCAAGACUAACCCCUAUCGAAUCUGCUCGGAUCAUUUUACUCAGGAAUGUUACGUGAAUAUGAAUUGCAAAAUGUUCCUCUCCAAAACCGCUGUGCCCAGUAUUUUCUCUUCCGUUCGUCCCCUGCCAUCCAAACGCUUGUGCAACUUGAAGAGAAGACUGGAAGGUGUCGAGGUGAGGGACCAUGGCACCACGUUUGACCGAUGUUUUGGAGUGAAGCAUAAGAAGGUUGGCACAGAGCCAUAUUUAUAUCAGAGGGACAAUUAUACAAGUACAGACCCUCAAGUACAAAUCCUACACCUGCAGUCUAUGAGCGGGAGGUUGAACUCUAUUGCCAUUGCUGAUAGGCCGCCAGUUAGUACAGCAGAUAAGUCAUCCCAAUGUCCUGAAUAUGGCGGCAGUGUAGAGAUGGAUCCCUGGAGUCCUCAGCACAAUCACUUGUUCUCCUCUACAUCCAUCAAAUCCCAGAGGCAGCGCUCCCACAAGGAGCCAAUGGGAAUGGAGGAAGCGAGUGACACAGGGAUGAAGGGGAAGAAGAAGAAGAAGGAUAAAAAUGAGGAGGAGGAGGAGCGGGGGAAGAAGGAGAGAAUGGUGAAUCUGACACUGGAGAUGAUCUAUCUGCUGACUGGAGAGCACUACAUCCCUAGGAAGAAGUCAGAUGAUGGGGGGGCCCUGCAUGCCCCUGGCUCCGUCAUACAGAAGGAAAAUAACAAGAAUGACAAGAAGAUCCUGGAACUCAUGUCCAACAUCAUCCAGCUGCUGACUGGAGAGGUUGCCAUAAGGACUCAUCAUGUUUCCAUCUAUUUUUCCUUGGACGAGUGGGACUAUAUUAAAGGAAACAAGGACAUUUAUGAGGAAGGGAUAAAGGAGGAGCCCCAGAAGCUCCGCCCAUUGGACUGUGAAUAUGAAGAUAAGAGAGAAAUUACAGCUGAUCUGGGAGGAACAUUAUGUUAUUAUAAUGAGCCAAACAAGAUUGGGGCUGAAGGAGCCGAUUUUUGUGACAAGGGAAAUUCCAUAAACCCUGAAAUUUCUCCAGUGGAACAGCCCCCACCAGCCAAUGGGAUUAAAGAGGAAUCUGCUUUGUGGGAAGAGGGAAACCAAUCAGUUUGCAGCAUUAAUCCACUUACAGAACAGAUACAGGGAACAGAUACACCUACUCCUAUCAUGGGAUACAGCCUGAAUAACAACUUGUCAGCUAAUUAUGUAUCAAAUGGAAUUAAAGAGGAAACAGCUUCAUGUGAAGGGGGAAAUCAUUCAGAUGGCUGUAGAGAUUGCCCCACAGAACAGAUACAGGGAACAGAUACACCUAUUCCCAUCAUGAACAUGUAUAACUGCCAUAAACACUUUAGUACUAAGGCCGGUUUCCUCAAGCACCAGAAAACUCACACUGGAGCAAAACCAUUUGUCCGUUCUGGGUGUGAGAAACUUUUUGUGGGUCAUUCUGAUCUAACUGCACAUAAAAGAAGUCGCACAGGAAAGAAACCAUUUACUUGUUCUGAAUGUGGAAACUCUUUUACAGAUCGGUCAGGCCUUAGAACCCAUCAAAAAUAUCACAGAGCAGGGAAACCAUUUUCCUGCUCUGAAUGUGGGAAAUGUUUUACCCGCCGCUCAGGCCUUACUGCACAUAUCAGAAUUCACACAGGAGAGAAACCAUUCACUUGUACUGAAUGUGGGAAAUGUUUCAGAAGUCAUGGAGGCCUAAGAGUACAUAAAAAAUUUCACAUAGGAGCAAAACCAUUUUCCUGUUCUGAAUGUGGGAAAUGUUUCACCCGUCGCUCAGGGCUUAACACACAUCUCAGAAUUCACACAGGAGAGAAACCAUUCACUUGUACUGAAUGUGGGAAAUGUUUUGCACGUCGUUAUGUGCUUACUGCACAUUACCAGUUACACACAGGAGAGAAACCAGCUUAGGAUAGUAACUGUACUAGUGUUGUUCUAUUCUCGACCCGCACCCAUCCCUAACCUGUCCCCACGCAACCUUGUAGGCCCAAACUAUCAGUGGAGACGUUGGGGGUUUUGUCUUCAUCACAGAAGAAGGACAGAAGUAUUGAUGUCUCUUGGUCCCUCCUACUGGUUUUAUGUGCCGACUCCACCUCCAAUACUCAGUUCUUUUGUCCUGCCUUGGAGGUGAAGGACAGGGCAGAGAUACGCAGAGCUGUCAACCCAGAGUCACCCCAGGGGCUACAUUGAAAACUCAGUGUUAACAAGCCCGGGCGAUCACGGAUUAUAGACACGCAGAGCAAAUUAGCACCAAAAUAACUAAUUAAGAGUGCCAGAGAGAGCACAGUAAUGCGAAAUCCGCUAAAAUUGUUCCUUGCACAGUGAAGAGGACUGUUGCAUGCAGGCAGCAACUACAAAAAUUGUAUUAGGCAAGGGCUUGGGAGCGGUGCAGCACGGUAAUCACUGCUAGAUACGCUUCAUCAAGGGUAACUACCACAGUAUCCAUUGUGGGGCACUAAUGGAUGGCCAAAAACGCGCAGGUUGCUAGGCAACAGCCCACAUCAGGGUAGUGCACUGAGACCUCUUUCGUGCCUUUACUCAGCACGCAUAGGACGUGAUGACGUCACGACAAGCACUGGUACCAUAGAAUAGCAGUGCUACAAAAGAAUUCACAAAGAAGACUCUGCGCACAUUCUUUUAGGGCGAAUAAUUAUCCCUUUACACACGAUAACUCGGUUAUCGCGGAGACAACCAUUAUACUAAACAAGGAAAAUGUGCUCAGGGGCCACAAAGGCACGCUCUACAAACCGUAAGUGGUACUUUUAAAAUCAAUUAUUGAUAAUAUGGAGAACACUCAUUCUCUCAAGGAGCUGAGAGACGAAUUACUGUCUGCCAAAAAGACACAGACUAAACCAAAGAGGCCUGACAGACAACCCAUGUGCAAAACAUGCAAGCAUUCCCUAAGAAAGUCUGAAAAAACCUAUUGUUCAGACUGCAAGGCCAGUGCAGAGAAGGCACAGGAACCACCAGUGCUCUCCCCACAGCCCAAUCAGGUCCACCCUCUGAGGAAAUACACCGCGGUUAGCCAUAGUACAUCACAGACUAGGACAGAUGUAUCACCAAGUAUGCCUUGGGAACCAAAUCAGACACAGAACAUUCCAACAGCACCCCCACAAUUUUUACAGUGGAUAAUGAACAUGGUUAAGACUCCAUUUACCUACAGUAAAGAAAGGCAUAGAACUCAGCUCCCUGAAUCCUCAGAAUCAGAGGAGGGACUAGGCUCAGAGGAGGACAGUCUACCUGUCCUAGAAUCAGAAUUUUCUGAACAUGCUCAAUCAACCACUAGUUCUGAUUCCGAUGACGAUAAGCCAACUGCUGCAAACCCUGACAUUUCCAAGAGAUUACUCAGAGAAAUGCUACAAACUCUAUAAAUUAAGGACGAGACGGUUACGCUUUCCAAAGCUGACAAGCUACUGGGUGUGCAGAAGAAAACUAAACUGACUUUUCCAAUCUUUAAUCCUAUCACUCAAACAACUGAAACUGAGUGGGCCCAACCUGAAAGACGCAUUGCACUAAUUCAGAGGUUUUUCAAAACAUAUCCGAUACCUGAAGACCACCAAAAGAAAUGUAUUCUGCUGUUGCCUGUCUAUCCAGAUGAACCACAUUACCCGCGGAGGAAGCCACGUUUAGCGAUCCACUCGAUCGACGCAUGGAAUUUACACUUAAAAGAGCAUGCACAGCUAGACACUGGGCAGAGGAACUAGCAUGGCACCCACCUGCUUCCCAACAACAACUACAAUCAGAGGUUGACAGGUUAACCACAACACUGGGCUUUUUAGCUGAUGCAGCUAUGGAAGUAGUCAAGUUGGCGGCCAAAACAACAGCAAACAUAGUUGUGGCUCGUCAUGCACUAUGGCUAUGACACUGGUCAAGUGACAUAGCUUCCAAAUUGAGAUUACUGUCUCCAAAAUUCACGGGAGACUCUUUGUUCGGCCUGGAACCUCAAACAAAUCAUUGCUGAGGUCACAGGGGGCAAAAGCACCUUCUUGCCUACUGGAAAAUGUCAGAUAUUUGAGACACCUACCAGAGGCCAAACUUGGAGAAACUGGACGUCUCAGAGUAGACCCUUUCGGCCCUUUCGUUCCAAUUUUAGAACCGCAUUGUCAGAUUAGGGCAACAAACUUACCAGACCUUCCUGUCACCAACCAGGUCGCACAACUAAGAAACUGAACAAUCCCAAACCCAGCUCCGCCUGACUUCAGGCAACGGCAGGGGCCACAGCAGGUAGGGGGCAGACUACAAAGAUACCUGGGUGAGUGGCAGACACAUGUAUCAGACUCUUGGGUACUAAGCAUAAUUCAACAGGGAUACCGGAUUCCCUUCACCCCCCACCUACCGCACAGGAGAUUUCUCCCAUCAUCCACUGCACCACACAGGGAACAACUUCUUCAACAUGCAAUUCUCUCACUUCUACACACUGGCGUAAUACAGACAGUAAUAGAGUCACAAAAAUUCAAGAGUUUUUAUUCCAACCUCUUUCUUGCGUGGAAGAAAGACGGAAGCUUCAGGCCGGUACUAAAUCUGAAACCAUGAAAUCCAUCAGUCGCAAAUCAAAAAUUCAAAAUGGAAUCUGUCUGAACGGUAAUCACAGCCUUGGAACCAGGGAUCUUCAUGACAUCAAUAGAUCUCCAAGAUGCCUACCUACACAUUCCCAUCUACCCAGAGUCUCGACGCUUCCUGCACUUUGCCAUCGCAAAUGCACACUAUCAGUUUACAGCAUUGCCCUUUGGGCUUUGUACUGCUCCAUGUGUCUUUAUCAAGGUCCUCUCACCAAUUGUGGCUUACCUCAGGUCACUAGGGAUUCACAUAAUAGCUUACCUAGACAACCUUUUGAUCAUGACAUCUUCUGCCACACAAGCAAGGAAGGACACAUCGACGUGUCUACAUGUCCUAAGCCAGCACGUCAUACCAUACUGUUUUUAGAUCUUCAGUUGGAUUCACUCAAUCAGAAGGUGUAUCUCCCACCAGACAAUAUCAAGGCAGUGAUCAUUUCCACUCAGUUGUUCCUCGCCAAGAGUAUAGUUCCAGCAGAGGACUGCCUCCGCCUACUAGGUUUCAUGGUGUCUGCACUCGAAGCACUACCAUUCUCCAGGUUCCACAUCAGACCUCUCCAACACAACUUUCUAAAGUAUUGGAACAAAAAUCACAGGGACCUACAGCAACAAAUACCUGUAUACCCGACCACCAGAGAGACUCUAGCCUGGUGGACAGUAACAACCUAUCUACAGUGGGGUCGGAGCUGGGCAACUCCCUCUUGGGAGAUAGUAACCAUAGACGCCAGUCUCUGGGGCUGGGGAGCAGUGUACAAACAACACACACUACAGUUAAUAUGGACACCAGAGGAAGCCUCCUUACCCAUCAAUGUCUUGGAGCUUUGGGCGAUAGUUCUAGCCCUAGAAGGUUGGUCAACCAUACUACAGCCCAACCAAUAAGGAUUCAAUCCGACAAUGCUACUGCUGUAGCUUAUAUCAACAAGCAGGGCAGAACAUGCAGCAAGAUGGCCAUGCAGGAGGUGUCACGGAUUCUCACCUGGGUGAACAGUCCAUACCCAAAAAGGUUCCCAUGUACUGCACCAGGACCAGAGAUCUGGGAGCAGCAUUUGUAGAUGCGCUGGUCACUCCUUGGAACUUCAGACUAGUCUACACAUUUCAGGAGGUGUCACGGAUUCUCACCUGGGUGAACAGUCAGUACCCAACGUCUCUGCAGUUUUCAUCCGAGGGGUUCAAAACUGAGAAGCAGACUACCUCAGCAGAAUGACAGUCGACCAAAGGAAAUGGUCAUUAAACGACAAUGUUCACCCAACUAACACACAAAUAGGGCAUUCCACAGAUAGACAUGUUAGCCUCCAGACACAACCACAAGGUUCCCAAGUAUUGCGCCGGGACCAGAGAUCCGUGAGCAGCAUUUGUAGACACGCUGGUCACUCCUUGGAAAUCCAGUCUAGUCUACGCAUUUCCACCGUACCCAGUGUGAUCAGAAAGAUCAAACUGAGUGAUACCACUGUGAUUCUGAUAGCACCAGACUGGCCAAACAGGGUUUGGUACACAGAGCUAAUUCAUUUGUCCAUAGCAAGACCGUAGCGAUUACCCAGCUGACCAGACUUGCUCUCAGAGGGCCCUCUCAAGCACCCAAAUUUACCCCUACUUCGUUUAACGGCUUGGCUAUUGAGACGGCAUGGUGGACCCAACAAGGUUUCUCCAAAUCAGCAGUAGACAUUCUACUGGGGGCACAUACAGCAUCGACGGCAAAGCUCUAUCAAAAGGUGUGGAGAACUUUUAUCACCUGUUGUGACCAAAACAAUAUCCCCUGGCAAACCAUUUCUAAACAACUGUACAUUGAAUUUCUCACCGAUGGUUUUCACAAGGGGUUAGGUUUACGCACUCUAAAGACUCAGGACAAUUUUUCAAAGGGGUGGCCAGAAUCAGACCACCACUAAGGGAACCACUACCAACCGGGGACUUACCUUUAGUACUAGAUGCGCUUCAACAUCAAUCAUUCCAACCUCUCACAACAUAUGACCUUAAGUGGCUCUCCCUCAAGGUGACUCUUUAUCGCUAUACUUUCUGCCUUUUGUCUCUUGGUCUUAUUUCUACCUUUUCUGUCUCCACCAACUAAGCUUUUCAAACAAACUGAGUAUUAGAGGUGGAGUUGGCACAUAUAACCAGUAGGAGGGUCUAAGAGACAUCAAUUCUUCUGUCCUGCCUCCAGAGGUGAUGAAAACCUCUGCACUGACAGUUCGGGCCUACUAGAAAAGGGUUUUAUGGUGAGUACAAAAUCCCUUUAUCUGGUCCAGCCCGCCAUUCCCCCUCUAUUUAUUUACCCGUCAGACCCACCCCACAGUGAUGUCACAAAAGGGGCAGGUGCAAGUCUAUAACUUCGGACCCAAAGAUUUUGUGCAGGAGCUGGUCUGAACCCGCCCGACCCGCAGGUUUCAGACCAGCCUGCACAUCACUAAACUGUACAUAUACAGUAAAGAGUAACGUACAAUUAUGAUGCUACCAAACUAUAAUUCCUUUUUAAGGGGAAUUACCCCCCAAUAAAAUUGUAAUGCUUUUG